AUGCCUCCCACUAUCAACUUCUCCUUGCAACAGUACUAUGACUCGCUUUCAAGCAAAGAUGUCGCUCCCCUCUGGACGGUCCUCGACAAGAUGGUCCCUUCCAGACCCAAUCCUUUCAGCACCGUUGCUAUGUGGCGAUACGACUCUCUGCGUCUUCCAUUGAUGGAAGCGGGGGAAUUGAUCACAGCCGAAGAAGCAGAGCGUCGAGUGCUCAUGCUCGUGAAUCCGAAUCGCGAAGCCCCUUACACGACAGACACCAUAUACGCCGGACUUCAAAUGGUUCUACCUGGCGAGACCGCUCCCGCCCAUCGCCACAUGGCUUUUGCCCUGCGAUUCAUCGUAGAAGGCUCUAACGGUUUUACCGCUGUCGAGGGCCAGAAGCUGAUUAUGGCGAGGGGGGAUGUGAUUCUGACACCAACCUGGGCCUGGCACGAUCACGGCAGCGAAGGAACCGAUCCUAUGGUCUGGCUGGAUGGGUUGGAUCUUCCUCUUUACCGAUUCCUGCCCAUCAACUUUGCAGAAAACUUUACGGAAUCGAGAUAUCCCAGCAAGCUUACUUCUGAGAGCAAGCUGAAGAUUCCCUGGUCGACGGUUGCAGCUAGUCUAAAUGCUGAUCUCUCUACGUUCUAUGCAAAAUACGAGUAUCGGCUUGAGGAUGGAUCCCAUCUCUCGCGGACUCUCUCGGCACAGGCGGAGCGAGUCGCUGCUGGAAGUACAACGCCAAAGUCGCGGGAGACCUGCUCGUUCGUGUACCAUGUCUAUGAAGGAACCGGGUAUUCUACUAUUGCAAGCCCCGAUGGGAAAGAGGAGAAGGUUGAAUGGAGAGAAAAGGAUACGUUCAGCGUGCCAGCGUGGAGCAGCAUAUCGCAUACCUGUACGAUGUCCAAUGGGCAGGCAUACUUAUUUGCGAUCAAUGAUAGGCCGAUCGUGGAGGCGUUAGGGUUAUGGAGGAAGGGGUGA